AUGAUGAUGAUGAACAAAACUGGGUCAUGCAAGGAGUUGUUGUUGUCGUCAUUGCUGCUGCUAUGUUUAAUUUUGAAUAAUGUUUAUGGCGCGGAAGUUGCUGAGGUUUCGGGAGAGAUCAGUCGAUUAACGUGCAGAAACAGAGCGAGUCCUUGCUUCCUCCGGCUGAUCUCUUGUCCGAGGGAGUGCCCGGAAGUGAGGCCAGAGGAUCCCAGAGCUAGAGCUUGUUUCUUGGACUGCAAUUCUCCCAAAUGCGAAACUACUUGCCGAGGGCGCAAGCCGAACUGCAACGGCGUUGGCUCCGGUUGCUACGACCCUCGCUUCGUCGGCCGUGACGGCGCCGUCUUCUUCUUCCACGGCGAGAAAGAUCACAACUUCGCCCUCGUCUCCGAAAUCCACCUCCACAUCAACGCUCGCUUCGUCGGCCUCCGUCCUGCCGGCCGCCCCCGCGAUUUCACCUGGAUCCACGCCCUCGGCCUCCUGCACGGCCGUCACGCACUCACCAUCUCAGCCACGCCAGCCGCUCACUGGACCGAUGACGUUGACCACCUCGCCUUCGCCCUCGACGGCGAGCCCUUCCACCUCCCCGUAGGCCACCUCUCCACGUGGAGGUCGCCCGACGGGACGCUAACGGUGGAGAGGACCGGGAGCCGGAACAGCGUCGCGGUGGCGGUCGGCGAGGUGGCGGAGGUGAUGGUGAACGUUGUUCCGGUUACCGCGGAGGACGAUAAGGUGCACGGGUACGGGAUACCCUCCGGCGACUGCUUCGCGCACCUCGAGGUGCAGUUUAGUUUCUACGGGCUGUCACCGGAGGUCGAAGGGGUGCUGGGGCGGACGUACCGGCCGGACUUCAGGAGCACGGCGAAAGUGGGAGUGCCGAUGCCGAUGGUGGGCGGCGAGGACGAGUACCGGACUUCGUCGCUGGUGGCCGCCGAUUGCAGUCGCUGCAUCUUUGCCCCGGUGGCAUACGAUUGAAUGAUUCGUGCUCUGUUUUCUGUGGGAAUUGAAGAAUCAAUCACGAACUGCUUUAAUUUGAGAAAAAGAAAAUAGGGAUUGAUUCAUGGUUUAGUCGCCUAGUUAAUGGCGAUCAAAAAGAUUUUAAUUUUUCAAGAUUUUUUCAUAAUUUUCUUCAUAAACAAAAAAUUAUUCGCUGGAAUUUGAAAACCGUUUCUAUCUCCUCAGCU